GAGCGACGCUGCUCGACGCACAACGUCGCCAGCAGUCGGUUUUCUGAUGACUGCAGACUCGUGCCGGGCGAAUGCGUGUCUGAGGCCGGCUUGAACGAGUCCGAAGCCGGGCUCGAAUGGGUGGAGAUGCUUGUCAAGCCUCGAGGCACGGGCGAAUUGGGACGAACCCGCUUUCGUGGCGUUGCUUGUGACUCGCGACACUCUGCCUCCAGCGCCUACUUGAGACCGCGGCUCAGUUGUCCGCAUUCACCACCGGCGGGACCCAAACUUGACACCAUCAUUAGAUUGACCUGCAUUGCAUUAGAAUGCAUUGAGUUAUACGAUUGUUUAUUGCAUUGCAUUACAAUACAUUUGAUUGAAUCGCAUUGCGUUUUACCGCAACGGAGAAGAUUGGAUUGGAUUGGAUUGGAUUAUAUUGCAUUGCCUUUCAUUGGAUUGUAUUACAGUGUGUUGCAGCGCAGUGUAUUGCAAUACCUUACCUUUCAUUGA